AUGAAGCUCCUGCCUGUUGCUGCUCUCCUCCUGCUUCUCCUGACAACACUGGAAGCCAGACCAAAACCUGCAGGCUUGGCCCUGAGGUGCCGGACGGGCCCCCUGGACAUCGUGUUUGUGAUCGACAGCUCCCGCAGCGUGCGCCCCUUCGAGUUCGAGACCAUGCGGCGCUUCAUGAUCGACAUCAUCGGCAACCUGGACGUGGGCCCCAACGCCACGCGGGUGGGGGUGAUCCAGUACUCCAGCCAGGUGCAGAACGUCUUCUCCCUCAAGACCUUCUUCACGCGGGCGGACAUGGAGAGGGCCAUCAACAGCAUCAUCCCGCUGGCCCAGGGCACCAUGACGGGGCUGGCCAUCCAGUACGUCAUGAACGUGGCCUUCACCGCGCAGGAGGGCGCGCGGCCUCCGCACAAGAAGAUCCCCCGCAUCGCCAUCAUCGUGACGGACGGGAGACCCCAGGACCGGGUCACCGAGGUGGCCACCCAGGCCCGGAACGCCGGCAUCGAGAUCUACGCCGUGGGCAUCCAGCGGGCAGACAUGAACUCGCUGCGGGCCAUGGCCUCGCCGCCGCUGGAGGAGCACGUCUUCCUGGUGGAGUCCUUUGAGCUCAUCCAGCAGUUUGGGAAGCAGUUCCAGGACAAGCUUUGCGGGGUGGACAUGUGUGUGGAGCAGGAGCACGGCUGCCAGCACAGCUGUGUCAGCACCCCUGGCUCCUUCUACUGCGAGUGCAACCCUGGCUACAGGCUCAACGUGGAUGGAAAGACCUGUUCCCGGUGUUGGGGUGUUGGUGGAGCUGGGCACGUCGACCUGGUGAUGGUGAUCGAUGGCUCCAAGAGUGUCCGUCCCCAAAACUUUGAGCUGGUGAAGCAGUUUGUGAACCGCAUCGUGGACCUGCUGGACGUGUCCCCCCACGGCACACGGGUGGGACUGGUGCAGUACUCCAGCCGUGUCCGCACCGAGUUCCCCCUCAACAAGUACCACAGCGCGGAUGAGAUCAAGAAGGCGGUGAUGGAUGUGGAGUACAUGGAGAAAGGCACCAUGACAGGCCUUGCCCUCAAGCACAUGGUGGAGCACAGCUUCUCUGAGCUGGAAGGUGCCAGGCCUCUCUCCCACAACAUCCCCAGAAUUGGGCUUGUCUUCACCGAUGGACGCUCCCAGGACGACAUCUCCGAAUGGGCCAGGAGAGCAAAGGAGUCAGGGAUCGUCAUGUUUGCUGUGGGUGUCGGAAAGGCCGUGGAAGAGGAGCUGAGAGCCAUCGCCUCCGAGCCGGUGGAGCAGCACUUCUCCUACUCAGCAGACUUCACCACCAUGACCCACCUUGUGGAGAACUUCUCACUGAACAUCUGCCCAGAGGAAGGCAAAGGGCACACAGAGAUCCGCAGCCCGUGCGAGUGCGAGGCGCUGGUGCAGUUCCAGACGAACACCGUGGCCAUCCUGCAGAGCCUGACUGAGAAAAUUGCUCAGAUGACGGCCAGACUUGAAGAGUUGGAAAAGCAGAUUGCCAACAAGAAGUGAUCCUGGCAGAGGGCUGCAGCACUCGGGGCACAGGGAUGUACAGUAGCUACAUGGCAUUGUUAUUGCUAGGUUAUGGUAAAGCAUCAGUGUUUGUUCUUAUAUCUCAAAAUCCACAGGGCGAUGUGGAUUGUAUUUUUAAAAAAAAUCCUGAGAACACCAG